AUGAAGUGCGGUUCAGUCAUUCUCACAAUGGUGGUUUUCCUGGUGGGAACCUUGGCACAGAAACCUGUCACUGAAGAGAAGAUCCCCUUCCAAACCAAAAACAGAGAUGCUUGUGUCAUGACGGUUAGUGGUCAAAAUGAGAUCCGAGUAAGAAUCGAAUGUAAAAAUCAGGGCAAAACGUAUUUAUGUGAGUUUGCAUCAAAACCGUCCUACUGCCGCGCGUACAACAAAGAUACAAAGGGUUUCUGGAAUCAGCUCAGCCAGGACCUCAAAAAGGUUGGAAACCCAUGUGAGCCUAAGAUGUUUAAACACAGCAUGUGUCCAAAGGCACCUGUUCCUUCCCAGUUCAAGCAAGUAAAUCCUAGUGGAAACCAACAGGCUGAUACAUCCAAACCAGAGAAGAAACCUCCACCAACAAAGAAACCAACCACCAAAAAACCUGCCACUACCAAGAAGCCGGAUCCUCCAAAACCCAAACAACUGGAUCAAGAGAACCCCAAAGCCAUGAAGAUUGCAAAAGAUAACUGUUCAUGGUUCUUCCAGACAUUCUGCUCCUAUAUCAUAGAGAUUUUCUUAUAA